UUGACAUCACAGGCAUCCUUCUCCAGACGGUGGUCGCACACAGACACAAAGGCUUGUUGUGUACAACUAAUUCAGCGCUUUAGAGUAGCGGUGUGUAAAUACGUGGUAGGGGGCAGCUGUUAGUGUUAUGUUCAGUAAGACAUUCUUAUGCGGAUUGGUGCAAGAGAGAGAGAGAGCUUUACAUAAUUACGUGCAUGCUUUUUCACGUGAAAUGCUCCGUUAGAAGCGAGUUCCGGUAGGUUAGAGGCACAUCUUUAAGCAAGCGGACAGUAACGAGUAAGUAGGUCAGGGAUAUUUGCACUUUAUUUGUAUGAAAAAUCGCAUUCAAGAUGGUGUCUUCCCACCCUUUACCGAAUGGCUUCUCGGAAAUUGAUGUGUUCUCUUUAGGAUCUUGUCUACUCGUUGAGGGUCUUCUGGGAUUCUUCCUGAAUGCUGUGACAGUCGCUGCUUUCAUAAAAAUAAGAGAACUGAGAACCCCCAGCAAUUUCCUAGUCUUUAGCUUGGCGUUGGCUGAUAUGGGCAUCUCCGCGAAUGCAACCAUUGCCGCUUUCUCCAGCUUUCUGAGGUACUGGCCCUAUGGCUCUGAUGGCUGCCAGACUCAUGGCUUCCAGGGUUUCGUGACAGCUCUCGCCAGCAUCCACUUCAUUGCUGCCAUCGCAUGGGACAGAUACCACCAGUACUGCACAAGGACAAAGCUACAGUGGAGCAGUGCCAUCACUCUGACUAUCUUCAUCUGGCUGUUCACCACCUUCUGGUCCGCUAUGCCCCUCAUCGGCUGGGGAGAGUAUGACUACGAACCCCUCAGAACCUGCUGUACUCUGGACUACAGCAAAGGAGACAGGAACUAUGUGUCCUACCUCAUCCCCAUGGCCAUUUUCAACAUGGCCGUCCAGACCUUUGUUGUCAUUACCUCCUACAAGUCCAUCGGCCAGAAAUUCAAGAAGACUGGAAACCCCAGGUUCAACACUGCCACUCCCCUGAAGACAUUUUUGUUCUGCUGGGGACCCUAUGGAGUUCUGGCCUUUUACGCUGCUGUUGAGAAUGCCAACCUGGUCUCUCCCAAGAUAAGGAUGCUGGCUCCUAUUCUGGCAAAGACCUCUCCCACCUUCAACGUUUUCCUAUAUGCCCUGGGCAAUGAGAACUACAGAGGAGGCAUCUGGCAGUUCCUUACUGGGGAAAAGAUUGAAGAGCCUCAAAUUGACAACAAGACCAAAUAAACUAAGCAUGCGACAAUCACAUAAACAUGUUUUUUAAUUUAACUAGGCAAGUCAGUUAAGAACAAAUUCAUAUUUACAACGAUGGCCUAGGAACAGUGGGUUAACUGCCUUGUUCAGGCAGAGGAGUUGAUCUAGCACCGUUUUGGUUGCUGGCCCAACGCUCUAACCACUAGGCUACCUACCGCCCCAAACAAACUGUCCUUGUUGUUUUCUAACAGGUACGAACGUUGUCGUGGAUUCAUUCAUGUCAAUGGACCUGGACUUCACCUUAUUGCAUUUGUGUGUGUUUGUGUGCAAGUCAAAUCAAAUCAAAUUUAUUUAUAUAGCCCAUCGUACAUCAACUGAUAUCUUAAAGUGCUGUACAGAAACCCAGCCUAAAACCCCAAACAGCAAGCAAUGCAGGUGUAGAAGCAAGUGACAUUUUAGUCAGGGGUUAACGUGGAGUGAUAUUGUGGUGUUUGUUGUGACAUUGGGAUGUAUUUUAUGUUCACAUUGUCAUGCCCUGAUCUGUUUCACCUGUCCUUGUGAUUGUCUCCACCCCCUCCAGGUGUCGCUUAUUUUCCCCAGUGUAUUUAUCCCUUUGUUUCCUGUCUCUCUCUGCCAGUUCGUCUUGUAUGUUUGUCAAGUCAAACAGUGUAUUUUUCCCAUUCUCCUUUUGCUAUUCUCUUUUUGAUAGUCUUCCGGGUUUUGACCCCUGACUGGACUACUUUCCCGCCUGCCUGAUCAUCCUGCCUGCCCUGACCUUGAUUCUGCCAGCCCUUCGGUACUUUUUGAGCUCUGAAAUGUUUUUGACCCUUUUGCCUUACCAUUCUCUUGCCUUACCCUAUUGGAUUAUUAAAUAUUGUAGGACUCCAAC